AUGUGGGAAUGCAUGAAAAAAAUCUUGUUAAACUCCCUUUGUGUUAGCUUGUUGGGCAUCUGGAACUGGAUACAGAUCUUCUGGAGAAAAAAUGGUCUGUUGACUCUAUCAAUGCUUUCAGUGGUAACUGGAUGCCUCCUGGGAUUUUUGUUAAGGGCUUUGGAGCUAACAGAACUGGAGAAGCAGUAUUUUUCCUUUCCUGGAGAGCUUCUUAUGAGGUUGCUGAAAAUGCUGAUUCUUCCCCUCAUUACUUCCAGCCUGAUGUCAGGGCUGGCCACCAUGGACUCCAAUGCCUGUGGGAAGAUGGGGUUGAUCACACUCACCUAUUACCUUUGGACAACAUUCAUGGCUGUGACUGUUGGGAUUAUUCUCGUGACUAGCAUUCAUCCAGGUGCCGCUGCUCAAAAAGAAGAAUAUGCUGUUGCAAAAGCAGCAUUAAGUUCAGCUGAUGCUUUAUUGGACUUAAUCAGAAAUAUGUUUCCUUCCAACCUGAUUGAGGCUUCGUUCCAGCAGUAUCGAACAGUUCUCGUCCCCGUGGUGAAGACUUCGGGCUUUCCAAACAGCCCAGGGAAAUCUCUCAGUUUUGUUUACUUUGUGCCAGAUGGGGAAAAUCCUGAAAUCAACAGGCCCGUGCUUCUUGAGAUCACCCCAUCUCCUGAAAUGACCUACCAGACCCUGCCCGGUACCAGCAAUGAAAUGAAUGUCUUGGGGAUUGUUAUCUUCUCAGCUACAAUAGGUCUCCUUUUGGGGAAGAUGGGUGAGCGAGGCAUUCCAUUAGUCAAUGUGUGCCAGUGCCUCAAUGAAGCAGUGAUGAGGAUCGUCUCCAUGGCUGUUUGGUACUUUCCAUUUGGCAUUGUUUUUCUCAUUGCUGGAAAGAUCUUGGAGAUGGAAGAUCCAUCUGUGAUUGGAAAGAAAUUGGGACUGUAUGCCAUAACAGUGGUAUCAGGGCUAGUGAUUCAUGGACUUGUCCUCUUGCCUUUGCUUUUCAUAAUCGUUACCAGAAAAAAUCCCUUUGUUUUCAUCCGCGGGAUCCUGCAAGCCUUGCUGAUUGCCUUGGCUACAUCAUCCAGCUCAGCAACCCUCCCCAUCACCCUUAAGUGUCUUUUGGAAAACAAUGGGAUAGACAGAAGAGUGGCACGAUUUGUUCUUCCUGUUGGUGCAACCAUCAAUAUGGAUGGCACUGCCCUGUAUGAAGCUGUUGCUGCUAUCUUCAUUGCUCAGGUUAAUGAUUACGACUUGGACUUGGGACAAAUUAUAACUAUAAGCAUAACAGCAACAGCAGCGAGCAUAGGUGCCGCAGGAAUCCCCCAAUCGGGACUCAUUACAAUGGUCAUUGUACUGACCUCUGUUGGCCUUCCAACUGAUGAAAUCACCCUGAUCAUUGCAGUAGACUGGGCUUUGGAUCGAUUUCGAACAGUGACCAAUGUCCUAGGUGAUGCAUUGGCUGCUGGUAUCAUAGCACACAUCUGCAGACAAGAUUUUGCACCAGAGAAACAAGAUCCAGUCAGCAACAUGGACAAACUGUCUUCUGUAGAGGCUUCGCUUCUCUACCCCAGAGAUUAUGUGAUAGAAAUAACUGAAGAAACUUUGUCUGGAACAGGAAUUAUUUAUAGCAUCUGUCGGGUGUAA